AGGGAUGACAGGUUGGCCAUUGGAUGAUAGUCCUGCUUAAUAAGCCGCCUCAGCCCGAUUGGCAACCCCUAACUACAUUUCAGAUGACAAAGCCGGGGCGCCUAGCUGCCAUGUUGCCACUGUGAGCGAUUGACUAUGGCAUGCUCUCGUAGCAAAAGCUCUCUGGGUUCUUCCAAGUUGCCGCAUCAAGUACACCGAACUGGCCUCAGAUACUCAAUGCUGACUCACCUCCUGAGCUUCCUGACAUGUUCACGUAAAACAAUAGCAUCUGAAUGAGGUUACAGUUGGUUAGUCGCCCGCCAAUUUCCUUCGUAUCUGCACGUCGGAUUACACCUUUCACACGCUGCUCGAUAUCAUUUCCAGGCUCUUUCCCCGCCUCCAACAGCCUACGUUUCUCUCGGUGCUCGCUCAAACUUUCACAAUAUUACUGUUGGUCAUCGGCAUCGUCAUCAACGAAUACAGCAAAGAUGGCUACCCGGCGCUCAGCGCGUCUGGGCGCUCAAGCACACACAGAUAUCGCACCUCCGCCGAUUGCACCACUAACCACAAAGAGCCGGAAGAGAAAAUCCCCGACAGGACCUACGCUCGCCGAUCCGGUGUCGUCUUCGGACCCUGUUACGCCGCCGAGAAAACGGGGCCGAAAGGUUACACCAAUCACCCCGAUCCCUCCGCCAGUCACGCCUACUCCCAGCGCCGUUGGCAUCAUCGCUGAACGGGCGAACAGAACGGCGAAGCCCAAGGCCAAGGCCAUCAACCGCCUCGCCGAUCCGAAGUUGACCAACGCCCCCAUCAUUUCGCCCGAGACCUCGCGUGUCAUUGCCUCUCAUCCUGCCGAGGACGUGUCGCCGUCUAAACUAUCCGCGGGACCCGGAAAACGCACUACGACUGCCAACAUUCUCGAGGAGGCGUGCCGCCAUCUCAUAAAGGUGGACCCGCGAAUGAAGCCCCUCAUCGAAAAGAACCACUGCCGCGUAUUUUCACCUGAGGGCCUCGCCGAGAAAGUCGAUCCCUUCGAGAGCCUCUGCAGCGGCAUCAUCUCUCAGCAGGUUUCCGGCGCCGCCGCGAGGUCCAUCAAGAAUAAGUUUGUCGCUCUGUUCACAGAGGUAGAGGGCGAACCGAAAAGGUUUCCUCACCCUUCGGAGGUGGCCACUGCUUCCAUCGAGCGCCUGCGUACUGCCGGUCUGUCGCAGCGCAAGGCUGAGUACAUCAAGGGCCUGGCUGAGAAGUUCGCGAGCGGCGAGUUGAGCGCCCAGACGCUGGCGGAGGCUCCUUAUGAAGAGGUGCGUGACAAGCUCAUCGCGGUGAGGGGCCUGGGGCUUUGGUCGGUUGAGAUGUUCGCAUGUUUCGGGCUGAAGAGGAUGGACGUGUUCUCGCUGGGAGACCUCGGGGUGCAGAGAGGCAUGGCAGCCUUUGCCGGACGGGAUGUGGCCAAGCUCAAGGCCAAAGGAGGAGGCAAAUGGAAGUAUAUGUCUGAGAAGGACAUGACCGAGAUGGCGAGCAAAUUUGCGCCAUAUCGCAGCGUCUUCAUGUGGUAUAUGUGGAGGGUCGAGGAAACCGAUAUAAGCACGCUGGAAUAAGCAGUCAGCGGAUUCAUUAAACUUUAG